UUGAAGAAAGUGUUUCCUGGAGGGUUUGUUGUCAUUCGCCUGGAUACGGUGCUUGAUCCUGCGGUGCUGCAGCGCUCACAGAUGAUCACAGAAAAUCCCGUCGACAUCACAAGUGUGCUGAUGGACGAGAGCGCAGAGCUGUCCGUCUCUGUAACGCAGAUUGUGCAGCGGCUCAAGGGGACUCAUUUACACUCUCAGCUGGAGAAACAGGCUAAAGAAUGUUUGCACAAACCCGAAAUUAAACUGGAAACGCUGAAAGAUGAUGUGAGAAGAUUGUUAAAGGCAUCAGGUUGGGAGAGAAAAUUACAAAAUGCAGUUUAUAGGGAAUUACACAUUCUGCCUCCCUCUGGGCACCCUAGAGCACCUCCUGAACACACCAAAGAGCCCUUGGAAUAUAUGUGCAAAGCCCAGGUGAACUGGGAGAAGAGGAUCCUGAAGAGUUUGAACAGUAUGUGCACUGAGUUGGGAAUUCCACUGGCACGGAAGCGGCCGGUCCCAGAGCAGAAAGAGCUGACAAAUAAAUGGAAUGAGAUGGGAACUGAUGAACCAGACCUAAGCAAAUUCAGGCCUGUCUAUGCACCCAAAGAUUUCCUUGAGGUGUUGGUUGGUUUAAGAAACCCAAAUAAUGAGCGCAGUGAAGAUCUCACAGUCAGAAGCCACUGGGGAUUAAUCCAGGUUUCCCUCAACGUCCGUGACAUUCCUCAAAUGAGGGAAAUGUAUCCAGAACUAGGUCUUACUUAUGGACAGCUUGGUAUAGAUGAUCACACGCAUGUUCCUCCAGAUUUGUUUGAGAGUGAGCACAUUCACAUUGGAAAAAAAGUGGUGAGUGAGCAAGACAGUGCAGCGGCGCAGCAGUACAGCAGACAGGGCUGCCCCACCGGUCUCAGAGCCCAGCUAUGGUCUCUCAUCCUGAAUACGACUAAUGAUCCUGAGGACAUAACACAUUAUGAACAGCUGAAGGCUAGAGUUAUAAACCAUGACCUGCUGGUGGACAACCUAAUAUAUAAGGAUGUGAAGCUCACUGCAAGUAAUGACGAUUACUACUUUGUGUUUGAGGACUAUUUAUAUCAAGUCUUGCUGUGUUUUUCUCGAGACACUGCAGUCCUAGAGCAUUUUAGCUACAACAGCGCUACACCACCUAAAUCUUGCAUCCAAAACAGUUCUGGCUCAGAGCAGUGUGCUAUGGUUUACCCUCCCAAUGGUGUCAUCCCAUUUCAUGGCUUCUCAAUGUAUGUGGCCCCGCUGUGUUUCUUAUAUAACGAGCCGUCGACGCUGUACAGAGUGUUUAGAGAGAUGUAUAUUCGCUACCUCUUCAGAUUACACUCUGUCUCCUCGCAUCCAUCUGGUAUAGUGUCUUUGUGCUUGCAGUUUGAGAGAUUACUGCAGACUCAUCUUCCCCAGCUUUUCUACCAUCUACGAGAGAUUGGAGCCCAGCCGUUGCGUAUUGCCUUUAAGUGGAUAGUCCGAGCCUUCUCAGGAUACCUGUCCACUGACCAGCUCCUAUUGUUAUGGGACCGUAUCCUAGGAUGUGAUUCCUUAGAGAUAGUAGCAGUCCUGGCGGCUGCGGUCUUUGCCUUCCGAGCUGAAAACCUUAUGGAAGUGACAUCACUGGCAUCAGCUGAGGCUGUUCUUGCUGACCUCUCAACCCUGAAGGUGAUGCCCUUGCUGCAGAUCUUCCUCUUCGCCACCUCCGUCUGAGAAACCAGCAGUGUAUUUGUCUGUGUUGGUGGCGGAAUGUUGCAGUCCAUUUUGAUUUCAUUUUGACUUUAAAGGGAUAGUUCACCCAGAAAUGAAAAAUCUGUUUGUUUUUUUUCUAAUUUAUUCACCCUCAUGUCAUUCCAAUGACAUUUGUAUAAUAUUAGUAUGUUUGUAUGACUUUCUCUCUUCUUUGGAACAUGAAAAUUAUUGAAGAAUGUUGGUAAUCCCGCAGUUUUGGUUACCAUUGACUCCCAAAUGGAUAAACAGAAGUCCCACCCUGCUUUUUCCUUUUCCACAGAGAAAUGCAUUCAAUUGCAGGAGUCCAGUUAAUUGCAGACGCCCUGCUUCAGGUUGGGUUGAUUAAGAUUUCCAGGGAAUUUUUUGAACUGCAAUAGUGACACAAUGGGAAUGGAACAUAAUCAUUUAUAAAUUAUAUGCUGUCAUUUGUUUUUUUUAUGAUCUUAAACAUACUUGUAUAGAUACUGUAUACAAACAGUAUUCUUAUUUUGGAAUGCAGAUCUACUUCAGUUAGGAAACUCUGGUUAGCUCUUUGGCUUAGUUAGUGCCAGUGAAUUUGGAUGAGAACACUUAUCAAUGUAUGAACAUAAGGGUAAUUGCUAUGGAUAACAGAAGCAGCACUGAUGGAGAUGCAUAUUUGCCUUUUUUAUAUUUGCAUAAUGGCUGUUUUGUAUAACUUAAACUCAGAUCUCAUUACACUCCCUGAGAUCACCAAAAUGUUAUUGAUUUGAAAAGAGAAAUGCAGGUAAUUUUGAAGUCAUACACCAAAUGAAUUGUGUUGUUUUGUCUGUAUCGUCUGUUUGUUUUGAGCACGGGGGCACUUUACACAUCUUUGCAUGUGCAAUAAUGUCAUACACAUUUUAUGCAAAUUACAAUUAACCAAUAUUCAUUGUCUUUUGAUUGCUAAAAGAUAUUGUUUUCUUUACACUAACAUCACUUGUGUAUGGGUUACUUCUGUUCUUCAUAGUAGCUUUUAUUUAUUUAGAAGCAAUUUUCGGAUGCAGAAAUGCAUGUGAAGAAUUGCCUAAACUACAUACUAAUUCAUUAUUCAUUCAGUAUAAACUGUAUAAUCUAAACAUAAUUCCAUGUUGUUGAGGGCAAAUGUUUCAUUGCCCUACAUUAAUAUGCAUGACUAGAUUUUGUUUCAACUACCAUAAAUAUUUCAAUAAAUGUAAUUAAAUAAACGCUAUAGAGUCUAA